ACGUGCUUCAACUCCUCAUUUUUUUAUUGCUAAGUAAUAAUUUUCAAAGCCAGAAGAGAGAGAGAGAUACCAAUUUCUUCCUCUAUCGCUUAUCAGGCGGAACCAUGGCGGAAGCUUGACCUGUCAUAUUCCCAAUCUUUUCUAUCGCCGCCGCUUUGCCUCCCGGCGCACGGCGGUUCUCUGUCGCUGGCGAAGCCUCAUGCCCUUUUUUUAACUCUGGAUUAGAUUCAGCAACCACCCUGAUUUUUAGGUUUUUGAUUCAUUCAUCUUGUUCUAGUUUUUCUUCUUUCUCCUCAUGUCGAAUCCAUCGGACGCCGGCGGAGGUGGGAGAUUCUCCGACCGGCAGCAGCUGGCGAAGCUGCUGGAGAAGUCGAAUUUCGCUCAGACCUGUAGCCUUCUGAGCCAGUUCUUGAAGGAGAAACGGGGUCUAGCCGAUUUGAGCUCCGAUAAAGCUCCGAGAAAGAAGCCUAGAGAUGAGCAGGAAAGGACCAAGCCGACGCCGCCUCCCCUGCCGUCAGCGACGAAUACGGCGAAUUCUUCCGACACUACGCGGCAGCAGAAGGAUAAUCUGCCGAAGUUCGUCGGAUUUCCUCCGCCGGGCCUCUCCAACAACGCCACCACCAAGGGCGAGUUCAGGAGGCCGUCCACACCGGAGCCGGCCACCGCCCAAAUGACCAUAUUCUACGCCGGAAAAGUGUUGGUGUACGAUGAUUUUCCAAACGAAAGGGCCAAGGAAAUCAUGGCGUUGGCCGACAAGGGAAACCGCAGUACCACCACCGCGGCCGCUCCCGCCGCCACCGUCGCCCCUGCCGCCGCCAACAUAUUUGGUUCUUCUUUGGAGAAAACUAACAGCAACUCUCUCGCCGGGGAGCUAAAUGUGGAGUCCAAAGUUCAAGCCGCAGGACCGGCGAAGCCUGCGCCGGAGCAGCAACCGAGACCGCAACCGGAAGCCAAAAAUUCUUCUGAUUUGCCUAUUGCCAGGAGGGCUUCGCUUCACCGAUUCCUUGAGAAGAGAAAAGACAGGGCUGUAGUAAGAGCACCAUACCAAGUGAACCACCAGCCAGAGGGUUCUUUCAAAGCAAGUGGAAGCAGCUCGGGUAAUGAGCCAGGGCCUGAGCCUGAAGCCGAAGCUGAAGAAAAUUUCCCAAGGCAUCUGGAUCUCAACUUAUGACUUGCUUUUAUUUUGAUGCAUAGUUCUAGUUCAAUUGUUUGCUCUCCAAAUUUGGUUGCUAUAUUAUAUCAUAUUAUAUAUUACACUCAGUUAAAUGCCUCUCUAACAAACAAUAUUCCAAUGUAUCAUUUUCCCUAAAGAAGUUCUAAAUGCAAUGUGAAAGAGUAGUCCCUUUCUACUCUAUCUUUAUAUUUA